CGCCGAGGUGCUCAAUGCCCAGCCGGUCGCUGGCGAGGGCUCCUCUGGCUGGCCGGCAACAUGAGGUCGUGGCUUCCGCUGCUACUCCUGGCCGCGCUCUCGGCGGCGCUCCUGAGGCUCGGCAGCGCUGAGGGCGAUCCGCUACCUGCGUCGCUGAUCGACCUGGUGAGGAACUCUCCCGUCUCCUCGCUUGACGAACUGAAGCUACUGCUGCAGCGAGAGGCAGACGCAAUAGAAGACGAAGAUGAUCACAGCGUUCUGAUGAACCAAGCGCACGGCCGACACGUCAGAAGCAUCGUGGAGGCUGAGAUCGCCCAGCAGGCAGCAUGCAGAGUUCGGACCGAGGUGAUGGAGGUGACCAGGUCUAUGCUGGACCGCCGCAACGCUAACUUCAUGCCGUGGCCGCCCUGUGUGGAGGUGCAGAGAUGUUCGGGCUGCUGCAACACCAGGUUGCUGCAGUGCGUGCCGACGGUUACUUCCAGCAGAUACCUGCAGGUCAUAAAGAUCCAGUACAUCAACAGGAAGCCCCACUACGAAAAAGCCAUCAUCACGGUGGAGGACCACCUGGCGUGCAGGUGCCAGCCUUCCUCGCCCAACCCGCCGCCGCUUACCCCGCCGUCGCAGCCUCAAGCGCGGGCGGCCCACCCUGCUCCGCCCAAGUCCCAAGGCUCCAAAGCCGACUUGCACCGCAACGAUGACCUGAAGCGCAACCAGCGGCUCUACACCAGUGAGGAGCAGGAGACGGCGCCGAGGCAGUGGCCGCAGGGGGGAUACACGCAACUGGUGCACUGGACACAGCCCAGGCUGCACCAGCCGGUCAACAGCUGGCCGUCGGACGCACGGGCCGGGCAGGGUAGAGUGGGAAACCCACCGCAGGUUGGCCAGGGGAGCGGACACGAGGGCAGUCGCGAGGAAGGCGGCGAAUCGCAUCGUCAGCGGUUCCAAUCCCAGAGCUACAACUAUGGACAUUCCGAUCAUCGGAAUCUUAGGACGCAAUAUCGACUGAACGCCCCCCAGUCGGACGGCGCUCCGUCCCUCGGCUCGACCCCGUCGUCCCAAUCAGGGCAAAGGCCUGCCUCGAUUUUGCCCAUUUCCAUCGACCGCAAAGACUCUGUGCCCACCGGCGAGCCCGACACGGAGGCGACGCCGACGUACCCGGGGACGCAGGCCGAACAACCAAUAGGGAGUGGGAGGCCGGACAAUGACUCAGCCAAUCAGGGCGAGGCUAAGGACUUGACACUGGCCGAUGGCGGAGGUCAGCUAACGGAGGAGGAGAGGAGGAAGAAGGUUCUGGAGGUAGUUCAGGGGGAGCUAGACCGACCCGCACAUCUUCAUCCGCAACAUCCUCAGCAAAGACCAAAACCAGCGCUCGCCACGCCGGCCUCGCUCUCCAGCCGCCAGACUCCUUUCAGGCCGGCCUCUCCCCGUCGUAGAAGGAAACGCCGCAAGCGCAUCAGCAAGGCGGCCAUGAGAGACAUGAUCAUGUAGAGCUGAGAUGCAGGGAUUUGUUGAAGUAAUACCAAAGGCUGCGGGGCCACAAAAACCAGUUUCAGACGGUGGGUGGACGGACACACUGGACGCUACCAACGAGGGACCGGGACAAACACUGGACGUUGAGGACAGAUGUGGGUGGCCAUAAAAGCAAAAGCGAACUCCUUGAUGGCAGAGGAACUGUCACACUAAAACACUGGACAGACUUAAGGAAUGCUUGCCUGGUUUCUCCAACUUUUCAGACACACACACACACACACACGCGUUGUACUACUGCCACCUGACAUGGACCUCCAAAUACUACACGGACCAAUAUGAUCAUAUCGAAAGCAGUCUUAAAGACAUUGCUUUGAAGACAAACGCUGUGAGACAGUUACUAGCCCAACACCGCAUAUGUAUAAAUGCUUUUUUUUUUUUUUAAGUUCUUAAUUUAUUCAGAAAACAAAAUGGAGAACAUUCAAGUUCUCAAGUGUAAUUAAUAAUAUUAUUGUUACUUUUAUUGUUAUUGCUGUUUCAAGUCAAAGGAACUGAUGGUUGUGCACACUGUAACUGUAACGAAUGUUAUUUUUCAUAGAAAAUAAAAAAAAAGCUCAUCAGAUGAUAA